UUUUUUGUUAUUCACGCGUGAAACUUUCAUUUUUUUCUUAUGGACAGGUUUACUGUACUUUGACUUCAGUGCCUAUGAUUCCUAGUUAUCCGUGGCUCAUUUGCAAUUUGUGAAUAAGAGAAUAGAGUUUAGUAUGUCGAGUUAAGUAAAUUUAUUUUUAUUCUAGACAUAUCAGAAUGUUAGUUCUCAAUUUAUUUAUAUGUUUUAUGGUUAGUGUGAAUGCCGGUCCAGCCACUGAAGGUUUUAAAAAUCAAUAUUGUACUGACCCGCGUACUAUGAAGAGACACACCGCGUACACGGAGUGGGCCGACGCUUACUCUUGUACGAGACAUCGCUGCCAGCCUGGCGGGAGGAAUCUAGCUAUAUACACUGUGGGAUGCAAGCGUGUUGAGCCGCCGGAGUCAGCCAUUGAGUGCGAAGAGGUUGUGGAAGACACCAAUAUGCAGUUCCCAUACUGCUGUCCACGACUACGUUGCCUAGUAGUAGUCCGCGGCGAGGUAUGGACUCGCGUGCUGGGCCAGCCCUGGGAGACGCUGCCCGCGGCGCCGUGGAGCCACAUGUACAAAAUGAAGAAACCUCCGCCGCCUGACUCCAGUUUCCUACCAAAACAAGGUGAAGGUCCCGUGUACGAACUGGCGAUGGAUAAAGACGAGCAAAGCGUGUUGAGGUCCGGAAAGAAAGCCACCACCGAAGAUCCGGCAAACUGCAAAGACUCUGUACACAGAUCGAAUGUUAACGCCGCACCUGACAUUGUGAAUAAUAUAUUACAGAUUGCUUUGGCGACGAAUAAAGAAGAGAAAGAAAUUAAAAAAUUCGAAAGUGGGAGAAGAAACCGCUUUAUAAAAAAUCCAACGAGCCAUUUUUCAAGGCAGGACGUAGAGGACGAGGCUCCGGAAUUGCGCAACGACAUGGAUUAUGAAGAUUUGCAAUCCACCACUGAAAAGAAAUCAAUGGCACGCCAAAUAACAUGGACCGAGAUCCCGCCCAAUCAAUGGAACGAACAUGAGAUGUCUAUGGACGUCGAGAAUGUUAAAGAACAGGAGAUAGAGAAGAAGGAAAGCAAGUCACCGAACCUGCAGGCGCUGGUGGACGCCAUUGGAAGCAGGAUGCGAGACAUCGAGAACGUGGUGCAGAGGAUGAGUCAGAAGGUCCACAGGAACAAGCCGCAGCUUACUGACGUGGGGAACAGCAUGAACAGUAUCGAAAGAAGGUCAGAAGAUAUACAAAGUCGGAAAAGUUUAACUCAAGAUCUCAAAGAGCACGACCACGAAAUCGUCGUUUCAAAUAAUCAGUAUCCCAACAGCGAAUCGUUUAAACGUUUCAAAUCCCCGUCUAUUUAUAACAGAGUCAAACAUAUGCACGGCACAACUGAGCCGAAUAGCGAUGUACCCCUGUACGUAGAGGAUACCAACCUGAAUGGAUACUUCAGUGACGUCAGUAACAGUAUACUGCGCAGGGCCGGACUACCUAAAGAACCAUUAGCAACUUACAUGGCACCAGUAGAAAAUAGGGUGAAACCUCAAGUCCAUACAAUAGUCGUCAGUUCAGGUGAAAUUGAAAAGUCGAAGAAGAAAAAGCGAACUCAUAAAAAGAAGAAAAUCAAUAAAACCCACAAGAAACAUCAUAUGAAGGAAGAAAAGAAAAAACGUUUCAAUAGAAAGAAAUCCUCUGAAAUAGAAAAGAAUGUUGUAUCACUUGAAGAUAGCAGUUCUGUUACUUCUUAACUAUUAGUAGGUGUUUAUAUAUGUAUAGUAAUUUACAUAUGUAGGUAUAUGUAAUACACUUGAACAAAACCUUUCAAUGACUUGUUCACUUAAAUAUAUAAAGUUU